CUGUAGACCGAUGGCUUAACCACAACGCCACCGAGGCCGGUCGCAGAAAACCAAGCCGAAGCUUGUGGCUCGAGACGGAUUUUCAUACGUUCAUAAAGUAUUUACAUUUUAAUAACAUAACUCUUUCUGGUUGUUUUCUUGUGUGUAAUUAAUUACAUAAUAACAAUUAAAAAACAAAACAAAACCACAACAAAAUUCUAAGAUGACCACUGGUAAUUAUUGUAUUUAUUGUAUUUAGUUAUUGGUAUUUAUUUGCGUGUUAUUCUACAAAGUUUCACCUCUGUAUUUACUAAUAUUUUCUGUUAUUAUUAAUAUUAUUUUCUAGUCUGUAACUGAAAAAACGAUCUACUGGCGAUGCAGCGUGAUGAACAAAACAAUGCAUUGCAAAGCAUCGUUUUACAGUGCAGACAAUCAAAUGAGUUUAAAGCGGGGAAAAUAUCGCACUGUCACACAGAGGUGCCAGGAAAACUUACAUCAAUACAAGUGCGACAGAAAAUUGUUCAAACUUUCCUGCCGGAUGCAUUUCUUCAUGGAGACAUCAAAAUAAAGGGAGAACGCCAUCUUCUAUUUGCCACGGACAGACAGCUUGCCAAACUGGCACUGGCACAGCAAUGAGCAUAUCGUGAAAACCAUUUUGUUUUCAAGUUCAUUAGGUUGAUGGCACUGCCAUUCAUGCCGGCGUCACACAUCCGACCCAUAUCCCGGCAGCUGAAACAGAAGGCUCCUGAUGGAAAGCUCAGCGACCUGUAUGUGUAUAUGGAGCGACAGUGGAUGGCGAAUAGCAUCUUUAAAGUAGCUUCUGUGUUCAACCAGACCACAAGAACAAACAACCAUGUCGAAGGUUGGCACCACAGAAUAAAUAUCAAAGCUGGCGAGCAGCAGCUCGGUAUUUACAAGUUGAUACCCUGCCUGUAUCAAGAGGCAACACUACUGCCAGUCCAGUCCAAGUUGAUGCAGGAGAGGAAGACUGGACGUCAUUUCCGGACAUCUGUAUGCAGAAGCCAGCAGGAGCUCUUCCACAACUGGACACAAUAUAAAGAUGGUGACAUGAGUCCUGCUGAGCUUCUGAACGCUUGCGCCCAAUUAAAUGGACCUACGCGUUCUGAAGGGUCCAGCCAGCAGUGAAAUUUAAAUUCAGUGACUUUAUUUCUUUAUAAUGAGCUCUUGUGUGUGUAUAUUAUAUUUUGAUUAUCGUAUGCAGAUAAUAUAGUGUUAUUGAGCU